CCGGAAGCGGAGACGGGCGGCGGCCAUGGCGGCGGAGCAGCGUUACCCGCGGAGCUCCAUCGAGGAUGACUUCAACUAUGGCAGCAACGUGGCCUCGGCCAGCGUCCACAUCCGCAUGGCAUUUCUACGAAAAGUCUACAGCAUUCUUUCCAUUCAAGUUCUAUUGACCACAGUCACAUCUGCAAUUUUCCUAUACUCUACUGGAGUGCAGGCAUUUGUUCAUGAGAGGCCUGCCUUGCUUUUGAUAUCUGGAUUUGGAUCUCUGGCUGUAAUCAUAGCACUGACCCUCUACAGACACCAGCACCCUGUUAAUUUAUACUUGCUCUUUGGGUUUACACUACUGGAAGCACUGACAGUUGCCAUUACAGUGAGUUUCUAUGAUGUCUCCAUCGUCUUGCAAGCCUUUAUACUUACUACUGCUGUAUUUCUUGGAUUGACUGCAUAUACCUUGCAGUCAAAGAGGGACUUCAGCAAGUUUGGAGCAGGCCUCUUCGCUUGUUUGUGGAUUUUAAUCUUCUCGGGUUUCUUGAGGCUGUUUUUCUAUAGUGAGACAAUAGAGUUGGUGUUUGCUGCUGCUGGAGCUCUUCUGUUCUGUGGAUUUAUUAUUUAUGACACUCAUUUGCUGAUGCACAAAUUGUCCCCUGAAGAGUACAUACUGGCUGCAAUCAACCUCUACUUGGACAUCAUCAAUCUGUUCUUCCACCUGCUGCGUGUACUGGAAGCAUUUAAUAAAAAAUAGUCAAAAGUGGUGUGAUUUGAUUACAGAAAAUUGAAGAUAAGCAUUUGGAUGAUCUGCAAACUCRGUAGCUCUGCCUUCUGAAGACUGACUCUAUUAUGUUUGCAUUCAAUGAAUAUUGAAACAUGCUUAGGGGAAAAAAGGCUUUUUACGUAACUCCAGUUCUUCUCCAGACCAUGUAUUUUAUGUAGUUAACAUGCUGUCGUUAUUACAGUCACCUUUUUAAUCACUUAAUUUACAAUUGACAUAAUUUAAAUUUUGCCAAUUCCUGAUUGCUCCAGAAAAGGCUUCCCUGCUGUUCUGUAGCUGCUGAGAAUGUUUCCUUUGGGAUUGAUCAUGCAUUUGUGUACCACAUAAGGGUAGCAUGAGUUUGCCAUUAUGCAAUGUUUUACUAAGCAGAAUUUUUUCUAGUUUUUGUUUGGUAAAAUGGAAUGUUGUCUCUGUCAGAGAUACUCUGUCCUUGUUAAGAGCUGUCACUAUGAAGGGUGUGGGGUUGUUAAUUAAAGGGAAUGUUCUUCAUUUUAGUAUUAUUUAUUGCCUGUCUUUCAGUGUUCUGAAAAAUCAUUUUGAGAUUGAUUCUGGUAUUCUAUCCAAUUGUGUAUGUUAMGGGUCAUUGUGUGUCAAUAAAAACUGGAAAACGUUUAGUCUGUUCUUGCA